AUGCCUCAGUCUCCGCCGCUGCGCCGCUGGGCAAUGACGCCACCAUCCCCUGUGUGGUGGCCGCCGCCGCCGCCGCCGCCGAGUGAUGGCCGCUACUCCACGAUCGCCGGCCUCACCAUCGCCAUAGGGAUCUUCACGUUCGUGCUAAUCUGCUUGUGCAGGCUGCCCCGGCGAGAUCACGCCAGCGCCGAGGCCGACUCCGCCGAGGCGAUGGCAGACCUCGCCGCCGUGCAGCCACGGACAACUACAGGGACACAGGAGCCAUGGGACGACGGGGACGAGCAGCGCCAGAGGCGCGUCGGCACGACGGCGGGCCUCCCGUCGUUCACAUACGACCGGUCGGUGAAGCACAACAUGACGGGCGGCGGCGCCGGUGAGGAGGAGGCGACGUGCUCGGUGUGCCUCGGCGUGUUCCAGGUCGGGGAGACGGUUCGGCUGCUGCCGGUGUGCCUGCACCUGUACCACGUCGAGUGCAUCGACCCGUGGCUGGACGCGCACGCGACGUGCCCUAUCUGCAGGUCGUGCAUCGACCUGACGACGGACGGCCGGCUACACCCGCCGGUUUAG